AUGCCUUAUAAACGAAUAACCAGUAGAGAUGUAGCAUUAAUUCCUCAACCUGGUUAUGAUCUAGCCGAAUCAAUCCACUUCAGUCCGGAUGAUAAUAUUAUCACUUAUCUUCGUUCACUGAAUCAAUCAUUAAUUAGGCAAUUGUAUGCAUUUAAUCUACGAACUAAUAGAGAAUUUAUCUAUGCUGCGCCCGAUGAUGAUGCUGAUCAAGUGAUGGAAGAUAAUUUUUCAAUGGAAGAAAAAUUUCGACGUGAACGUCAACGUCAAUUAAUAACUGGCAUAACACGUUAUCAAUGGACAAAAGAUAAAACACAAUGGAUAAUGCUCAUCCCUAUUGCCAGUGAUUUGUAUAUUCAUGACAAAAAAGAACUUCGAUUGCUGGUUAGUGGAACGUACCAGACUCCCAUACUUGAUCCUAAAUUAUCACCUGAUGGAAAAUUCGUUGCAUAUGUUCAAGAUUGUGAACUUUAUUGUAUAUCGACGUUACCAUCGAAUCCGCGUGCUCAACCAAGACAAUUGACAUUUGAUGCACGCAAUUGUCCAAAUAAAACCAAUGGCCUUGCGGAAUUUAUCGCCCAGGAAGAAAUGGAUCGAAAUGAUGGGUUCUGGUGGUCGGAUGAUUCGAGCUUGAUUGCAUUCACUCAAGUUGAUGAAUCAAACGUACCUGUUUUUCGCAUAUCACAUUCAGGUUCUGAUGAUCCUGAAUAUGUGGAAGAACAUCGUUAUCCAUUUACUGGCAAAGAAAAUGUUCGAGUAACUGUCGGUAUCAUCGAUCUCACCAGUAACGAUCAAAAACAUGGGCCAAAUGUACAUUGGGUGGACUUGAGCUCAUUCGAUGACUAUUACAUACCGCGUGUACAAUUCUUUCCUGAUAACUCACUCGCUUUACAGAUAGAAAAUCGUCAGCAAACAAGAUUAGAGUUAUAUCAAUAUGAUCUUCGAAAUCCAUCUAAACUGAAGCGAUUACUCGAAGAAACAAGUCAAUCAUGGAUUAAUCUGCAUGAUCUAUUUUAUACACUGAAGAACACACCUGAACAAUUCAUAUGGGCUAGUGAACGAACCGGUUUUAUGCAUUUAGAGUUGCGCGAUUUACAGACGGGAAAACUAAUCAAACUGUUAACCAGUGGAAACUGGGUCGUGCAGCAAAUUGUUGACAUCGAUGAAACGAACUCCAUUGUUUACUUUUUAGCUAAUCGAGAAACUCCACUUGAAGUUCAUCUAUAUAGUGUCAAUUAUAAGGAUGAAAUACCACAAGUCGAACGAAUUACACAAGAAUCCGGUUGCCAUAUAGUCUAUUGUUUUAAUCAAACAUAUCAAUAUUGCGUAACACAGUGGAAUUCUAUCGACCAACAGCCAAUUAUUAGAUUAUUGGAUGUUAACAAGAAAGAGAUUGUCAAAAUAUUCGAUCAUUUCAUACAAAAACAACAUCCAACCAUAGACCAAUUUCAUUUUAUUAAACCAACUUUAUUUUCUAUACAAAAUCGAAAUAACAAUACACUUUACUGUGCAUUAUAUAAGCCAGAUGAUGAACCAGGCAAAUAUCAAACACCUUAUCCUACAUUGGUAUCCGUUUAUGGAGGGCCACAUCUCCAGCGUGUUGUUAAUUCUUGGUCACUUCGAAGUGAUAUGCGUUGUCAACGUUUAGUGCAAUCGGGUUACGUUGUUUUACGACUCGAUAAUCGUGGUAGUUUGAAUCGUGGUGUCGCUUUCGAAAGUGUAAUAAAAUAUGACAUGGGCCAUUUGGAGCUUGAAGAUCAAAUCGAUGGUGUUCGCCAUCUUAUCAAACAAGGUAUCACCGAUGAGAAUCGUGUUGGCAUAUACGGAUGGUCCUACGGCGGCUACAUGUCUGCGAUGGCCUUAGUUCGUGCAAGUGACGUUUUCAAAUUGGGUAUUGCCGGUGCACCAGUGACACACUGGGAUGGGUAUGAUACUCAUUAUACCGAAAGAUAUAUGGGUACACCUGAAGAAAAUCCAAAUGGAUACGAAGUUUCAAGUGUCAUGUACCAUGUAAAUAAUUUGAAAGGACAUUUGAUGCUUAUACAUGGUCUAAUCGAUGAAAAUGUUCAUUUUCGUCAUACAGCUCGUCUUGUCAACGCAUUGAUACGAGCGAAUAAACCAUACGAAUUAAUUCUAUUUCCUGAUGAACGACACAUGCCGAGAAAACUUGAUGAGCGUAUUUAUAUGGAAGAACGUGUGUUUGAAUAUAUUCGCAAAUAUUUAUAA